AUGGCGAACAAUCCAUACAGAACAAUCCACACAGAACAAUCCAUACAGAAUAGUCCACACAGAACAGUCCACACAGAACAGUCCACACAGUACAGUCCACACAGAACAACCCACACAGAACAAUCCACACAGAACAACUCACACAGAACAGUCCACACAGUACAAUCCACACAGAACAAUCCACACAGAACAACUCACACAGAACAGUCCACACAGUACAAUCCACACAGAACAGUCCACACAGAACAACCCACACAGAACAACCCAUACAGAACAAUUCACACAGAACAAUCCACACAGAACAGUCCACACAGAACAGUAGACACAGAACAAUCCACACAGUACAAUCCACACAGAACAACCCACACAGAACAACCCAUACAGAACAGUCCACACAGAACAACCCAUACAGAACAGUCCACACAGAACAACCCAUACAGAACAGUCCACACAGAACAAACAACCCACACAGUACAGUCCACACAGUACAAUCCACACAGAACAACCCACACAGAACAACCCAUACAGAACAGUCCACACAGAACAACCCAUACAGAACAGUCCACACAGAACAACUCACACAAAACAACCCACACAGAACAACCCACACAGAGCAGUCCACACAGACCAAUCCACACCGAACAGUCCACACAGUACAGUCCACACAGAACAGUUCACACAAAACAGUCCACAAAGAACAGUCCACACAGAACAAUCCACACAGAACACUCCACACAGAACAACCCACACAGUACAGUCCACACAGUACAAUCCACACAGAACAACCCACAUAGAACAACCCAUACAGAACAGUCCACACAGAACAACUCACACAGAACAACCCAUACAGAACAGUCCACACAGAACAGUCCACACAGUACAGUCCACACAGAACAGUCCACACAGAACAGUCCACACAGAACAGUCCACACAGAACAACCCACACAGAACAACCCACACAGAACAACCCACACAGAACAACUCACACAGAACAAUCCAAACAGAACAGUCCACACAGAACAGUCCAUACAGAACAACCCACACAGAACAGUCCACACAGAACAACCCACACAGAACAGUCCACACAGUACAGUCCAUACAGAACAGUCCACACAGAACAGUCCACACAGUACAGUCCACACAGAACAGUCCACACAGAACAACCCACACAGAACAGUCCACACAGAACAACCCACACAGAACAGUCCACACAGUACAGUCCAUACAGAACAGUCCACACAAACAGUCCAUACAGAACAGUCCACACAGAACAGUCCAUACAGAACAGUCCAUACAGAACAGUCCACACAGUACAGUCCACACAGAACAGUCCACACAGAACAACCCACACAGAACAGUCCAUACAGAACAGUCCACACAAACAGUCCACACAGAACAGUCCACACAAACAGUCCAUACAGAACAGUCCACACAGAACAGUCCACACAGUACAGUCCACACAGAACAGUCCACACAAACAGUCCAUACAGAACAGUCCACACAGAACAGUCCACACAGAACAAUUCAUACAGAUCAGCUCAUACAGAUACAUAUAGUUUAUUGCCAAAUAAUUGGCCCCUGGGGGGCAUAAACAUUUUAAACAUUGCAAUUUAA